AUGUCAUCAGGUAACUUCCAGGUCAGUAAAGGAGGUGAGGUGCUGAAACUAUACAGUGAAGUGGAAGCAAACUGCCUGGAUUGCCUGAUGAGAGACCCGCUGAGACCCUUUGUCCCACAGUAUCAUGGCUUGGUAACAAGAGGGGAGCUCUGCUAUAUCCGCCUGGAGGAUCUGCUAAGUGGCCUGAAGAGGCCCGUCAUCAUGGACUGCAAGAUGGGAGUCAGAACCUUCCAAGAGGAUGAAUUAGUCAAAGCUCGUGUCAAAGCUCCUCUGCGAAGCGAUAUGUACCAGAAGAUGGUGAAAAUGGACCCUUCUGCUCCGUCAGCAGAGGAACAUGCACAGAAGGGAGUCACCAAAUGGCGCUACCUUCAGUGGAGGGAUUCAAUCAGUUCUACGUCCACGCUGGGCUUCAGGAUAGAGGGCAUUAUGAUGGAGGAUGGUAGCAUCCAGCGGGACUUCAGGAAGAUUCAGACUUUAGCUCAGGUCACUGAGGCACUGCUUUACUUCACCAGGAGCCAGCUGGACACUCUGAGAGCGUACCACUCCAGACUCCUGGCCCUGAGUGACGCACUAAAGAAUUCGCCAUUUUUCAGAACUCAUGAGGUGAUUGGCAGCUCGCUUCUCUUUGUCCACGACCACAGCAAGGCCAGUGUAUGGAUGAUAGACUUCGGAAAGACGACGCCUCUGCCUGACUCGCAGGAGCUCCGACACAACGUCCCGUGGUCUGAGGGUAGCAGGGAGGACGGCUACCUCAUCGGUCUGUCCUCUCUCGUCGCAUCUUUAGCCCAGGCCAUCAGUGUGGCCUCCUGGCAGCAGGAGGAGAGCUGUGAGGAGGAGCAAAUAAGCCCGUGAAUGUGCAUUUUUGACAGUCGUUACACAAUUGUAAGUGGAUGAGAUGGACAAAUCGACUGGUGUUACAUCGGAAUGGUUUCAUUCACUGGAAGAGACUUGAUUUGUUAAUGGAGAUUGUGUCUUCAGGGGCUAAGGAGGAGGAAAAAGGGACUUCGGUGUACCGAAAAUCCAU